AAUGUACAAUAUUGUCCUUCCAUAAACAAUUGUUGAAGAUCAACUUGUACUUUCUCCAAUUAUUCCUCUUCCAUUCUUCAUCUUAAAGAGAAAUCACUCUUUUGAUUGAAUCAUCCAUACUUUGAUCAUCCAAAUCCCAUAAUUUCUUUCAUUUAUAUGAUUUUCUCUUUCUUCAAGCUUCCGCUCUAAACAUGGAUGGGUUUAAGCCUGUGCUGUAAUUUGCAGUGAUUGUGAUCAAACGAUCAUGGAUGACUGGGGAUGAAUACCACUUCUGCUACAAGAUGUUGGUUGAUGAAUUGGAGCGCAUAUCAGGAAGAUGUUGGUUGAUGAAUUGGAGGAGCUCAUAUCUGGGUAGGAUCCUGAGAAAGUGCUAAAAGACUCUGCAGGAUUGUCCUUGUUCUGCCAUUAUGUUGCUUCUUUGCGGCAGCAAGACUGGUGCAGGUGUAGAAGAGCAGCAGUGACUUCUCAAGGUAGAAUCAAUGAAAGAAUCUGAUGUGGAAAAGCAAAAGGAAGAAAUCUGUCAGGUGGCUAUUCAUGUGGACAAUUUGAACAAAAAUCGGUAUCCAAAUGUCUUACCAUUUGACAGCAACAGAAUUGUCCUGACAGACGGGGGUUACAUCAAUGCAAGCUUUGUAAAUUCUUCUGCAGAACAUGCUCCUCAGUUCAUAGCCACACAAGGUCCAUUGCCAAGCACAUUUACGGAUUUCUGGGAAAUGGUGUUGCAGUAUCGCUGCCCUGUGAUUGUAAUGCUUACACGGUUGUUUGAAGGGAAGUUGAAGUGUCAUGACUACUUUCAAGCAGAGAAUGGACCUAAUGAAUUUGGCAACAUUUCUAUCGUCACAACUUGGAUAAAAGAAACUGGGAGCUCCUUGGUCUUUCGGCAAUUGGAAGUCACCAAAGCAGAGUCGAAAGAGGCAUUGUCGGUUUUGCAUAUUCAGUAUCUAGGGUGGCCAGAUCAUGGCACACCGAAGGACACAUUAGCUGUUCGAGAAUUCUUCAGAAGAAUUUUUCAUCAGCCUCCCAGUGUUGGCCCGAUAUUGGUGCACUGCAGUGCUGGAAUUGGCCGUACUGGAACAUACUGCACCAUUCAUGAUACAAUCCAAAGAAUUCUAGGAGGAGAUGAGUCUGCCUUAGAAUUAGCCAAAACUGUCAAGGCAUUCAGAUUUCAGCGAGCUGGAAUGGUCCAAUCACUGGAUCAAUACAAGUUUUGCUACGAGGCUGUGAUAGAUGAAUUGGAGGAGCUCAUAUCAGGAGGAACUAAUCCUUAAAUGCUCAAUAUGCUCAGGAUUUUGAGUGAUGUCCUGCCCUACAGAAUCCAUGCUUGCGUAGCCAUUUUAAGCCUCUGCACCUGUUUCUUGGAACACUGGUUUCUGCUGCAAAAUCCAAAUGGAAAACUCAUGUAUUUGCUUUUAGAGUGUGUUUGUUAGAAGCAUGCCUUAUAGGUGGCUUAUAUUUGCUAUUUCAGUGUGUUUGUUGUGGUAUUGCUUUGUCGAAGAAGUUGUGUGUUUCAAGCUUUCUAGAGUGAUUUACAUAUCUUGGAAAAUUAAUUAUACGAUCUGCAGGAUAAUUUCUUCUUUAGGUAGCUUGUUGAAUCAGGUGAUGAUUCUUAAGACUGUUGACUGAAGUAAUAGUACCUAGGGCAAAUUGAUUAAUUCAACUCGAUUUAUUGCAUCUGUUAUCACAUUGAAA